GCCUCGGGCUCCCGGAGAAGGCGCUGCGAUGACCGCCCUGAGCCGUAGCGAGCCUGUCGAGGCGGGCAGCAACCAACAAAUGCAUGGGAAGAUGGCACCUCUGAAGAGCCAUGUGCCCUGCACGGAGAAACCAGGAAAGGUCCAGGAGCCUCCAGAUGAUGGCAGUCUGCACUGGUCAGAAGGCUCAAAGGGUGAAGACAUAAAGAAGUAUGGCCGGGAAGGGACACUACGGAGCAAAUACAACCAACAAUACCACAAGCUGUUUAAAGAUAUCCCUUUGGAGGAGGUGGUCCUCAAAGUGUGUUCCUGUGCCCUCCAAAGAGACCUCCUUCUCCAUGGUCGGCUCUAUAUCUCGCCCAACUGGCUUUGCUUCCAUGCCAGCCUCUUUGGCAAGGAUAUCAAGGUGGUCAUUCCAGUGGUAUCUGUGCAAUUGAUCAAAAAACACAAGAUGGCACGACUCCUUCCCAAUGGACUGGCCAUCACCACAAACACCAGCCAGAAGUAUGUCUUUGUGUCUCUGCUUUCCCGGGACAGUGUAUAUGACAUGCUGAGGAGGGUCUGCACUCACCUACAGCCUUCCAGCAAGAAGAGUCUGAGUAUAAGGAAAUUUCCUGAGGAAGCCGAGUGCGAGUCCCCGGAAGUCCUUAUCCCCGAGAUGAAGUGGAGAAAAGCAUGCUCAGCCCCCGCAUCCCUGUCACUCCCAGACAGCAUCUCUUGUAUCUCUCAGAUACCGACAGACUCCACAGAUAGCUGCUUCCCCUCCAUGAAGCCUCCAGGGUCUGAGGCCGUCUGUGAGAAAGAUGCAUUGGAGGAAGAGCCCAGCACGGACCAGGAAUUGAGGCUGUGGGAUUCUCGGCUCCUCAAGGUCAUCUUUGUGAUGAUCUGCUUUCUAGUCCUGUCCUCGUCCUAUCUGGCAUUCCGAAUCUCCAGGCUGGAACAGCAAUUAUGUUCCCUGAGCUGGGGCAGUCCACUCCCAAGGGACAGGUAACUUGGUCUUCAUCCCCACACCUUAUCCAAGGAUGCUCUGGGUGCUGUCUCUACCAAGGAUUCCUGGGGUUUAUACUGCGGCUGUGCUGAGACUGAGUAUGAAGAACAUGUUCUAGAUUCUUCCUCCAGACUCCUCCCUAGCAUUUCCCUCUGUGAGUGAUCUGAAGUACCUGUUUACAGAUUAACUGGCUCCUACAACUUUUGGACUCAAACAGAAUGUUAGACUGUUUUUGUGUUUUUAUCAGUUGAGGAGUUCUGUACACUAAGCUUCAGCGACCACUGAAGUGGCAGAAAGCACAUUAACUUGUUUUAUUGUAAGCAAUGGUUCUGGCACACUGACAGAGCCCUGGGGGGCCACCUCUGGGGACAAAGGGCAUGCUUUGAUACCUGGACUACUGCUUGCUAUCACAUGACACACCCUAGAACAUGUAGGGGAGUUGAGAUAGGGUGUUCCCACCUCUGUGGGCUCUGCUGCCUCCCAACAUUCUGGGAUCACACUUGGGCCUCUCAGAAUCUUUGUUCUCGAGCUCACAGGACUUUUCUUCAGGGAGCCAGGCACUAGGACCUUUGAGAAGGCUGGGAUGUGGAGAAGAGAGCUCUUGACAGGGAUUAUCAAGAGACCAAUCUUAGUUUUCUGAGCUGAGCUGGAUGACUCUGGGCUGCCCCUGCAAGAGCUGUCUAGCUGAAUUUGGGAAGAUGCCCCCCUGCAGGUGAGGAAGGACAUGGGGCUGAGAUUGGAGGUCCCAGAACUCCCAUUUUGGAGCAGGCCCCUCUUUGGUAGGACAAGGGGAACAGGUACUGUGGUAUUCAGUAGUAAGUCAAUUCCCAUUGGUUGCAGACAUUCCCAAGGUCCUAGACAUUAGCAAUAGGAAGGUAGGACAUUUGAUUUAAGCUCUAGUGGUUGGUAUACUUCCUCCAUGGUCGACUGCACUGGUCAGGGUGGCUUGACUGGGCAGUGGCAUCCAGCUGCAGGAUCCAGCAGUGUUGGGUCCUUCUUGGCAGAGCUCACUCAUUCCAUGAACCUGCAGUCCAUAUGCUAUAGGACACUCUGUAGGAUUCCAGUAAUCAUAAGUAAGGUAGAAGUGUCCCGGAUGGGAUAGGCUCCAUGCAGAGACCAGGAAAAGAGAUCUCUGACUCCCUUGGGGGGGAGAUGGGGAGGUGGUGAGAUCAGUGCACACUGAUGGUUUUGUCAUAAAGAAUCUUCCCCAUCUACUUAUCUUCUAUCUCCUCAGGACUCUCAUCUGCUAAGACAGUGCCUUUGAAGGUUCUAGAAGGGUCUUAGGGAGGAAGCCAGAGGUAUCAAGGAAAGGCACAGGUGGUGUGGCGUGGUGCUGGAAAUAGCCUCUGUUCCCCUCUCUCUUGUGCUAGGAGGUUAACCGGGGAAGGAAACCCUGGUGGAAAUGAUUGCAGGGCUGUUUGUCUCAUUCAGGACAAAUCCAAGCAGGACUGGAGAGAGGGACAGUGGGUGAAAACUUCCAGGGUUUAGACUGGAGGUUUCUCCAUCAUCUCCUAGUUCCUAGGAUUGAACAUGGAAACCAGCCUUAUAUGUUGUUUGUACCAAAUCUUUAUAUCUCAGGUAAAACCUGGUGUCCAUUUGGUCCUCCUUCCAGGGCUGCACCAUCAAAUGCCCAUCCUCCAAUGCCCAUCCUCCAGUGCCCAUCCUUUAAUGCACUUCCAUCCUUUUGUCUUAACCAUCCUCCAUCACUCUUUCCCAUCUUAUCAUCAUGGAAACAAUACUCCUUGCCCCAGUGCUUUCCCUCCCUGGUCCCUGCUGAGAGGUGAGAGUACAGGUCUAUUCUCUGAGCCUUGCUAGGUUGAGCCAGGGUUCAUGCCAAGUCACAAGUGGCUGUGCCAACAUGCUGUAGGAAGCCCAUUCUCCAAACAAGGCUUAGCAAGGGCAAGAGGCAGGCUGCAGGGCAGCUGAUUUUGGAGAUAGACUUGAAGCCAGAGCUUUGAGUGAUAUGGGUGUGUCCAUGCCUCUGGAGGGUCCUCUCUCUGCUCCUCGCCUUGUUCCCCCAUCCUGCUCCUCUAGAGGAGCUGUGUGUCAGUUGUGAUCAUUCAUAAUCUGUGAGUAUUUAUACAUUCCCAAUUGCAUGGGCUAACACUCCUCCAGUUCUCUGAGGGUUUGUUUGGUUCAACAAGAGUGGUUUGUUCCACCAUGACA